AUAAGGCAGGCACGGACGAGUCAGUAGGUAGAAGAAGGACGCGGACGCGAGAUCUAGAGGACAUAGACCUUAUUCUGUCGACUGUGCAACAGAACAGCUGACUAUCAGCUGAUAUGGCUGUGUUUACUUUAGCCGUUUUAAUUAUUUUGGGGUUAGGUUUGAAAAUCAUCUCUGGCGGGCAAUUUGCAAGCACAGCAUUAGCAUUAUCGUCAUCUCUUCAAACAGAAAUUGAAGAAAAAUACCCAAGUAUUCAUGUUGGCAAAAGAGCAGCAUCUAUGGGAGCAAUUAUUCUUGAAAGGAUACAUCGGAGACAAGAAUGGGUUCAAGAAAGAAGACGAUCGCGGAAGGAAAUAUGUUAUGACAUAGUCGGCUGUUUUGCAAGAGCAAAGACAACAUCUCCACUCAAAAAGAACCCUCAAUCUCCUGAUGAUGUGGAUACAAAGUUUCUGUUGUUUACCAGAACCACAGCCGUUCCUAUGGAGCCUGAGGAGUUGACGUACGGUGACAAGCGGCAAUCAAUCGUCAACUCUUCCUUCGACGCUAGUAAACCCACCAAGAUUGUGGCUCAUGGCUUCAAAGGCAACACCAAACACAAAGCUGCACGCAACUAUGUCACCAUGUUCUUGAAAAUGGAGGAUUGCAAUGUGAUCAUGGUGGAUUGGCAGAAAGGUGCUGCAGGCCCAUCAUACCCCAUUGCUGCUGCCAACACACAGCUGAUUGGUCGACAGCUGGCCCUGUUGCUGGCAGACAUUGUGUCUCUAGGAGCAGACCCUGCGUCUAUACACAUCAUAGGGUUCAGUCUGGGAGCUCAUGUAGCUGGGUUUGCAGGACGUGCCGUGCAACAACGGGGAAUACACAUCGGAAGGAUUUCUGGUUUGGACCCUGCCUCUCCGUUGUUUCGACAAUCGACGGGAGCGUCAUUUCCUCCUCUUAACCGAGACGAUGCCAGCUUUGUGGACAUCAUUCACACAGACGCUGCUAAACUUUGGCCUGACGGCUUCGGUCUCUAUAGCCCUUUAGGACACGUAGACUACUUCCCCAACGGAGGCCAGAACCAGCCGGGCUGUGCUUUUGUCAGAGCUUCACUGAUAGUCAGCCACUUUGAAGGUCAUGUAAACUCGAGUGUCGUCUGCAAUCACGCCAGAGCUCAUCAGCUGUUCCUGGAGAGUAUUACCACAGAAGGUUGUCAGUUCUCAGCCUUCCGCUGCCCAGGAGGCCCUGAUGCUUUCCAACAUGCAGAGUGUUUCCCUACCAGAUGUGAUGUCAACACUACAGGUCCAGGUUGUGGCAUCAUGGGCUACCGAGCAGACAAAACAGUGGCACGAGGGCCUUUAUUCCUUGUCACUAGAGACUCCCCUCCAUUCUGUGGGGAGCAACUCCACGCUACAGUGAAGGUCUCACAGAGGACCUCUGCAAUGAGAGGAUACUUCCAGUUAUCUGUCAGACAUGGAAAUGAGAACACAGCUUUUGAGCUGUACUGUGAGUUGAAGGACGCUAUCCAAGGAGGGUUGGAGCUACACAGUGUAGCUGCUGCCAAGUACAACACCAUUUCCCCCAGUGAGACUCCUGUGCUGCAAGCCCACCUCAGCUACAGGUCCUUGGAGUUCCAGAACCCGGAUGCCCCAGAGACUGCAGUCGGGGACAAAGUUUACAUCGACACCAUUUCAGUCGCUGACCUGCACGGCAACAGGUGGUACUACUGUGGCUUGAACACUGUCCUAGAAAACAAGGACGGCUCAUCUUUCGUCACGGUUUUGGUUCCUUUGAGCCUCAAGAAAUGUGUUGUGUAGCAAUUUGCUUCCUGAUGUUAAAUUUUAAAGAGUGGAAACGUUACUUUAGGCGUUGGUCUUCUUAACAGGAUUUACCAUGGAUAAAAUUAAUGUCUGCCAAGGGUAAAAACACAUAGCAUUGAGUGGCUAUGAUUAUUAAAAAAUAAAAAUAAAUUACUAUAGUGUAAAAAAAAACUUAUAAAAACUUAUUUUGCUAUCCCAUUCCAUUAUUUUGCACUUUCCCUUGCACAUUAAUUCUUCCUUUAUCAGCCUGAAUACUAACUUUUUUAAGUGUAGAAAGAUAUAAGCUUAGAGAUCCAUUCAGGUCCCUUUUUUGGAGGAAUAAUUGCCCUCUGUAAUUGACUGAUAUCUACAGGCUAGACUCUAAACUAUGUUGAUGAUUCGAGAUUGAUUCAGAAACUGUUG